GUCAGGACAGAAAACUGCCUCUGCUCGCAGAGGAAGAGACGAGAGCUGAGCAGUUCACAUCACAGAGGGACUGGGGAGCAGUAGCUUCACGCAAUAGAGAAAAGAGGAGGAAAAUCCGAAAAGAGCAAGAACUGUUUGCUGUAAAGAUUGGUAAGAAACAAGAUACUUUCUUUCUCACUUAGAUUAUUGACUCAACAGUUGUUGCUAACAAAACCCAUAGGUGUGGCUAGUUGAGACGAUUUCAUCGUACCUGACUGCUUGGACUUGUGUGUAUUUGUGUAGGGAGCAAGGUGAGAAAAGAUUGAUUUGCGGUGGUAUCGAACAUCAGAGUGGCUUUUCCUCCCUCUUCCUCCUCCUAGAGGUUGCUGAUGGCUGAACAGACACCCUCUUCAGACUGUUCUCAUCUCAUUGACCACAGCCACAUCCCUGAGUUUGAGGUAUCUCCUUGGAUCAAGAUCACUUUGGCCUUGCUCGACAUCUGCAUCUUUAUAGCAGGCAUCUUGGGCAACAGCAUCACCAUCAAGGCUACCAGGAUCCUGCAGAAGAAAGGCUACCUGCAGAAGGAGGUCACGGACCACAUGGUGAGCCUAGCCUGCUCUGACCUGUUGGUCAUCCUGCUGGGCAUGCCCAUGGAGUUCUUCAGUGCCAUUUGGAAGCCCUUUGCCACCCCAAAUGGCAAUGUGGCUUGCAAGCUCUACUAUUUCCUCUUCGAAGCCUGCAGUUAUGCAACUGUGCUGCAUGUGGGCACCCUCAGUUUUGAGAGGUAUGUGGCUAUCUGCCACCCUUUCAAGUUCAAGGCAGUCUCUGGGCCCCGUAAAGUGAAGAUCCUCAUCGCUUUUGUCUGGGGGACAUCUGUCCUCGUGGCUCUGCCCCUCCUCUUUGCCAUGGGCACAGAGUAUCCACUGGAAAUCAUUGAGGACUAUCAAGGUGCGACUGCCUGUGCCAAGUCAGCUGCCAGACACCACAAUCCUGAACUAAAGAAAAACAUGACAAUCUGUACCAGCCUCUCCUCCAAGUGGGCCAUCUUCCAGGCCAGUAUCUUCAGUGCCUUUGUAGUGUACAUCAUAGUGCUGGGCUCAGUUGCCUUCAUGUGCCGCAGCAUGAUGAAAACCCUGAUGAUCUACAAGAAAGGAACUGUGGCAGUGAAGGGUGAGCCUGGACAACAGGAGCAGUACCUAAGGAAAAGCGAGAGCUCAGAGGGCAAGAACUCCAGGAGACAGAUCAUUUUAUUCCUGGGACUGAUUGUUGCAACCUUGGCAAUAUGCUGGAUGCCGAACCAGAUUAGAAGGAUCAUGGCUGCUGCUAAACCAAAGCAGGACUGGACCGUCCCCUACUUCAGGGCAUACAUCAUUCUUCUUCCCAUCGCUGAUAUUUUCUUCUAUCUCAGUUCCGUGGUGAAUCCCCUGCUGUACAAUAUCUCUUCUCAGCAGUUCCGCAGUGUGUUUCUGCAGGUCCUCCGCUGCCACCUGACAAUAGAGCACGCCAACAAAGAGAAGUUCCUCAGAGCCAACCUGAGCUCCAGAGCAAGGAGCAGCCGGUCUCUACGCCCACUGCUCUUCAUUUCCUCCAAGCGCAGCUCUUCCACAAGGAGCAAUAGCAAAGGUUUAAGUACUUCUCAGAAUAAGGCCAGCCCCGACUGCAGUCUGCAGAAGCCAGAUCUUGAAUUGCAGGAGCACAGCUUGGAAGUAGUGCCACUAGAGACGAGCUCAAAGCCUGGCCCAGAUGCACAGAAUGGCCUUUGUGAACAUGAAGUAUGACUUC